GGGAACGCUUCUCGGCUAAGUACUUAGUUUUGCCACGGGUAUAUACGUGGUUGGCGCGGUGGAUUUCUGUUUUUCGUUUUCGUGUUAAUUACCUACUCGACAUGCCAAAGCCGACGAGCGACACCGAGCUGGUACUUGGAUCGCUUUGAGGGCCCCAUAUAUACGCACAACCAGAGGCGCGGGACAUGCUCCAUUGAGUGUCGCCGGCCAAUACCGAGUGCGGGCGUGUGUGAGUGUGAGGUGUCAGAGCGGCAUGAUGAGGCGGCGAGCCGGCACGGCCAUCCUCGCCCUCGUGCUCGUCCAGAUGUCGGUGGUCCUCUGCAGCCUGACGGCGGACGAGAUCGAGGCCGAGAGGAGCGGCUGGAAAACCGACCCGGAGACGCAGUACCACGUGCAGACGGACGACGGGCCGGAAAGGUACUUUCGCUUCCAGACCCUCAACGGCCAGUACCGGAAGGAAAAGAGGCUGCAGGACGGCACGGUCGUCGGGACCGAGGGCUGGCUCGAUCCCCUCGGCUAUCUCAGGAUCAAGGACUACAUCGCCGACGCCAAGGGCUUUCGGAUACUCAAAUCCAAGAUGAUAUUCGUGGGUAAGAACAGGCCGAUACAGGACGCGGUGAGCCUGUCGAAGAGCGAUCCCGCCAGCGGCGGCGAACUCGCGAGACCCCACCGGCCCGCCAAUCCGUUCAGACGACCCGAGCUCAAAGACGUCUCGAGCAACAGCAUCGAGAGCAGCAGCGCGACGCCACUGCGCAAAACCACCUACGUUCCCUCGACGCCGGCCUCCUUCCGACUGAGGCCGAUCGUGGUGACGACUCCGAGGCCCAUCGCCUACACCAAAGACGACCCCGUCAAUAAGGCCCAAAAGUACCAGCGCGGCUCCUACCGGCCGGCCCUCCUCGUCGAGCCGCCCUACCUCGACCAGGACCAGAACCACCUGGCCAGCCAGACCACCAACCGGGUUCGCGCUGCCCCGUCGGCCUUUAGAGGCCACAUGCGGUACAACGGCACCGGCUUCCAGUACUACCUGAAGAAACAGUACCACGAGGAGGAGCGUCAGGGUCCGGAGCGUAGCCUCGGCUCCUUCGGCUACGUCGAUCCGUUCGGCAUACGCAGGGUGGUGUACUACAGGGCCGACGCCAGGGACGGGUUCGUACAUCGCAAGAACAAUCGCUACGUCGGACACAACGCAAAACCUUACGAUCCCCAGCCGGUGGCGGCGCGCCACAAGAUCGACUGAUGCUGUGUAUUUAUUAUUAUAUGUACACGCGUUCACGUAGUCAUUAAUUUUAGGCGAUAUCGGUCGAGCUGGUGGAAAAGCGAUCAUACGCGCGAUGGGAAACAACGACGCACGCAGCAACGAGUUUCUCUUAUUUAUUGUAGCUAUACGUAGUCACACGCGCACGGAUAUCGUUUCGUUUAUCAUUGUAUGAAAAAAAAAAUAUAGCAGCAGAGCGUUUCCUACUUACGCGCGCGUCCAAGGAAUAAUGGAGCUGCUCUUAUGUGUAAAGGGUCGAGGGGGACAGGGAAAAUUCGAUUGUUUCGCGAGACGAGAGCUUGAUAUAAUAAUAAUACCCACUAUGUAAUGAACGGUGUGCGCCGAACGAUUUUCUCCCAUUAUUCGCGACUGCGGUAUCCCAUAUAUGUAUAUUAUGUAUACGUGUGUGUGUAUGCGUCUACAGCUGAGUGGCAUCUCGGGAGUAUAAGAGAGCGACGUGCGUACGAGCACGUUAAAGUCGGGGAGUUUUUUUUUUUUUUUUUCUUUUGUGCCUUAUAUGUAGGAAAAAAAUAACUCUCGGAGGCUCGUAAAUCCCGGCGUUUUGAGGCUGACGUGGGCGCGAUUUUUAUUUUGUCUUAGUUGUGCGGGUAUACCUCCGUUUAUCGGGAUUCGAAAUUUUCGCGCGGCCGCUUUCCAUUGUUAACAGGCUACAUAUUCUUUUUUUUUUUUUUUUUCUUUUACCUGCGGGUUAUUAAAUUUCACGGGCCCGUGUUGCAUUGUGUUGCACUAUCGUGAUUUCCGUGAAUUUGGGCUCGCUGCCGAACAAAGCCUCUGGUUAUUUUUCACAAGAGAGAGAAGGAAAAACGAGAGUGUUUCGAAAAAUAUGGUUGUUGUGUUUACGAGACGCGUGAAAAAAAAAAAAAAAAAAAAAAAAUUCGCGCACUAGUGGCGAAAGAGCGUCCAUUGACAAUGAGACACACGGGGGAAAAAAAAGCACAAGUAUUUAGACGCGUGGGAAGCAAGUGUUUACAAAACGUAGAGACGGUUUUGCGGCCCACGUGACUCUGAACGGCGUUCCCUCCCAUUCGCGGGUGUAUACACCUUAUUUACACUGCUACUUGUACUACUACUGCAACUUUCCGCUUGUAUAAGAGUGCCAAAUCAAACGUAACAAUUUACUACAUCCACAUACUGUACCCCAAUUUUUUUUCAUUGCUCAAUAUUUAGGUUUAACGAGUGUGUAUUUUUAAUUUUAAGAAAAUACACAGUUUGUGUGUUGAAUGAGAACGAGAGAAAUGAUGUACGUGUCUCUGUAAAGACUACAAAAAGGGCAAUUAUAGUGUAUAGUAUCUAUAGAUGCGGCAAUUCGAUGUCAUUGAUUAUGUUGAAAAAAAAAAAAAAAAAAAAACAAAUAAAUAAAAAAAAAAGACCCGCAACUCUAUAGUGUACUAAUGUAGUCUUACGUAGCUGUAUAGUGAGAGCGCAAUGUAUACACGCGUAGUAAGUAGGCAAUUGCUUAGCUGUUGCUUGUAACAUUGAUUUUGAAACGCCUAAAGCACACUUUUCGAAAAGUAGGUGAUGAUGACGAACAAUGCAAUUUCAAUCGAGCGAAACGAAAUUGGGAAAAACAAUUUUACACGCCAACGUUUGACGUAUUAUAUUGCUCGUACGAUCGGAAUCGGUCCACUUUUAUCAAAUUGUACAUCUAUAUACGCUACGUAUAAUACCUAUAUACCCGCGUUAGAUUUAACGAUAUCGCAACCGAUUUUCUCUCGCGAGUCGCAACCUUAACGGCGCAAUGGUCGAAUAAAAAAAUCCUGAUUGUUCCACAAAAGCCAUAUUAAACGGGCACACGCGCCUAUUUGUGCGCGCGUGUACCGAUUUAUAUAGAUUAUAGGCUGUUUUUUAAGCUUUGGAAAUUUAUCUCCUAUUAUGCUGUUAACCGAUAAGAGGCCUUAAACUGUAUUUUAAACAUGACACCGGGAGCGAACGAUUUUUCGGUAACAAACGAAAAAAUAAACCAACCAAUGUAGGUAAGUUUUUUCGUUCUCUACACAGUACGAUGAACAAGUCUUGUCGAUCAUAGUGCAUUUUUUUUGGUAUAGCUAUAUCUUUUUGUUCUCGUACCUUUGUCUACUAAUAGAUUUCGAGCUUGGUCUGGUGUUUUAUUUUUAAUGCACUCUGGUUGCAAGGCUUAAAAAGAUUCAGAGUCACUGUUUGUAAAUAGCGACAACUUAUGCAUUAUCAACUUAUAUAUUAACAACUUUAAAGAGAAUAAAGUUUUUAAAACUA